AUGCACAUCAAAUCGGUCAUCGUGGAAGGAUUUAAAACCUACCGCGACCAAACGUCGGUGGAUUUAACCGCGAACUUGAACUGCAUCGUCGGCGCGAACGGGUCGGGGAAAUCGAACUUAUUCCACGCGAUUCGAUUUGUAUUGAGCGAUGUUUUUGGCACGUUGAGAGCGGAAGAGCGGCAGAGAUUGUUACACGAAGGCGCCGGGCACGCGGUGAUGAGCGCGUACGUGGAGAUUGUUUUUUGCAACAAAGAUCGGAGAAUGCCGGUGGAACGAGACGAGGUGCGAUUGCGACGAAACAUUGGUUUGAAAAAAGACGAGUAUUAUUUGGACAAGAAACACGCGUCAAAGACGGAGAUUGUGAAUUUGUUAGAAUCCGCGGGAUUUUCGAGGACGAAUCCGUAUUAUUGCGUGCAGCAAGGAAGAAUAACGAAGAUGGCGACGAUGUCGGAUAAAGAGCGGUUGGAGUUAUUGAAGGAAAUCGGAGGGACGUCGGUGUACGAGGAGAAGAGAGAAGAGUCGAUGAAAAUCAUGAAGGAGACGAAGACGAGAGAAGACGCGGUGAAAGAAACCGUGACUUUUAUCGAAAGUCGUUUGGAGGAGUUGGACGAAGAGAAGGAGGAGUUGGAGAAGUACGUGAAGUUGGACAAGGCGAAGAGGAGCAUCGAGUACGCGAUUUACGAUAAAGAGCUAUCGGAAGCGAGGCAAAAGUUGGACGACGUGGAGGAGAGGAGACGACACGCGAGCGAACGGGCGAGGAUGACCGAGGAGGAAACGAUUGGCGCGAAAGCUGAAGCGAGAGAGUUGGAAAAAGUGACGAAAAACGCCGAAAGAGAGAUUGAACGAUUGUCGAGAGAAGCGAUGGGGAUCGACGUGGAAAGGAAAGAAAUCGGCGAACGACGAGCGACGAAAGAAUUAGACGUGCAAGAUUUACAGGAAUCGAUCGAGCGGUUCACGUUGCAAAAAGCGGACGCUGAGGACCAGAAAACGUCCGUGGAGGAACGAGCGAAGGAUAUUCGCGACAAGUUGAGCAAAGCGAAACCAAAGUUUGAAAAUGCUAAGGAAGAAGAGGAUGCCAAGCAAUCGGAGGUUUUACAGUGUGAACGUAAAUUGAACGCGUUGCACGCCAAACGCGGACGAUCGGCGCAGUUUCAAACGGAAAAUCAAAGAGACGAAUGGAUCGACGAGCAAGUGAAAAAUACCAAGGCUACCAUCGCGUUGAAAAAGAAAGAAAUCGAACGAAGCGAAAAUGAUAUCAAAGAUAUCGAACAAGAAAAGGAAAAAGAUAAAAAAGAGUUGGACCGAUUGGAGAAACAGUUACAGUCCGCCUCGAAAGAGUUGCAAAAGUUGGACGACGAACACGAAAAGUUACUCGCGAAGAGGAAUAAAGUGCAAAACGAACGCAAGACGUUGCAACGCAAAGACGCCGAUUUCGACAGUGAGUUGGCCAAGUUAGGCGAAGACGUUCAGAAGUACGAGAAGCAGUUGGAAUACAGCAUGGCAAGAGAUUUGCACAAAGGUUUAGCCGCGGUGCAAAGAAUCGUGAACGAACGCGGGAUUACGGGCGUCCACGGACCUUUGAUCGAGUUGAUGGAAUGCGAUAGUCGCUUCAACUCCGCCGUCGAAGCCGCCGCUGGAAACCAGUUAUUCCAAAUCGUCGUCGAUAACGACGACAUCGGAAGCGAAAUUAUUAAGCACUUGAACAAAGAGAAAGGUGGGCGCGUGACAUUUUUGCCGUUGAAUCGUUUACAAAUGCAAAACGUGAAAUAUCCGGAGGAUAAAAACGCGUUCCCGUUGUUGAACAAAAUCACUCGGGACGAGAAGUACAACGUUGCGUUCAGCCAAGUCUUUUCUCGAGUAUUGAUUUGCAGAAACAUCGAUGUCGCGGCGGAAAUGUCGAAGACGACCAACUUAAACUGCGUGACCAUGGAUGGCGAUACCGUUUCCUCCAAAGGCGUCAUGAGCGGAGGUCACCGAGACGCAAACAAAUCUCGAUUGCAAGCCGUAAAAGCGGUCAAAACGUGCGUGGAAAGGCGCGAAGCGUUAAAAGAGGAAGCUGGAAAGGUGAAAACGGAGUUGUCGUCGUUGGAGCAAACCGUUUCAGUGGCGGUUGGUGAAGUGCAAAAAGUCGAAUCCAACAGACUCCACGUGGCGCAAACCGUCGAUCGAUUAAAGACAGAGUUGAGACACUUCUCUGAAACGUCGACUCGAUCGGAACAACUCACUCGACAAAACGCGGACGCGAUUAAAUCCAUGCGGGAUGAAAUCGAGUUGGCGGAGCUGGACGCGAAAGAUUUAGCUAAAGAGAAAGGGACAAAGUUGGACGUGCAAUUAACCGCGCAAGAGAAGAAAGAGUUCGAGGAGCUCAAUCCCAAGUUAGCUUCUCUGAAAGAAGAACUUUCCAAUUUAUCCGCGGCAAGAGUCGAGUUACAAGCGACGUGCGAAUCGUUAGAAGAAACGUUAAAAUCGAAUUUGGAACGCUCGCUGAGACGUUUGGCGAACCAAACGACUGAAGUCGACGUCGAGGCGAAAACGAGAGAGUUUCAAAAACUCUCCGCGCAACUGAAAGCGUUGAGAGCGGAAGAGAGCGAAAUCAACGAAAAGCACAAGAAAGCGGUGAAAGCGCUCGCCGAUGCUAAAUCAGACGCAGAUAGUCAAAAGAUCCGAUUAGAAAACCUACGAGCGAAAGUUGAAGACGUUCGAGGAAACUUGGGCAGCGAUGAACGCGAGAUGGAAGCUUUAGCGUCGAAACGCGCCAACUACGCGGCAAAAGUCGACGCCAUCCAACGCAAAAUUCGCGACGUCGGGUCCUUACCCGCCGACGCGUUCGAAAAGUACAACAGCUACACGCCAGAGCAGUUACGAAAAGAACUCGGUAAGACGAACGAAGGCUUGGGCCAAUUGUCGCACGUGAACAAGAAAGCCAUCGAUCAGUGGGAACAGUUCACCGAACAGAGAGACGAAUUGAAAGAACGUCGAACGGAAAUCGCGGAGGCGUCGAAGAAAAUUUUGGAGUUGAUGGAGCAUUUAGACCGUAAGAAAGACGAAGCGAUCGAGAGAACGUUUAAACAAGCGAGUUUGAACUUUAAAGAGGUCUUUUCGCAACUCGUGCCUGGAGGGAAAGGCGAGUUGGUCAUGCAGAGGAAGAAGGCGGUCGUUCCAGAAGUCGAUGGUACUGCGACGGCGGAUGAAAAGUCGAACGCUCCAGCUGCCGCUGCAGUCAACGCGGCUGCCGGUUUCAUGGAUAAAUACUCUGGCGUGAAAAUCAAGCUUCACUUUGGCGGCGGCGGCGAAACCAUGCAAAUGAAGCAACUCUCCGGCGGUCAAAAAACCGUCGUCGCCGUGGCGCUCAUCUUUGCCAUUCAAAGGUGCGACCCGUUGCCGUUCUAUUUGUUCGACGAAAUCGACGCCGCGUUAGAUCCGCAAUACCGAACGUCCGUCGCGGCGAUGAUUAGUGAACGAGCCGAGAAAGGAACGCAGUUUGUUUGCACGACGUUUCGACCGGAGAUUGUGCGCAAAGCAAACCAGUUGAUUGGCGUUUCGCACGUCAACAAAGUUUCCAUCACGCAAAAAGUGGACGUCAACGAAGCGUUGAGAUUCGUCGGUGAUACUACGGAAGGCGUACCUGAGAGCGUUUUGACGCCUGGGACGAAGAAGCGAACGACGGAAGCUGCGAAUAAGAUGAAAAGAGCACGUCAAGAGAUCGAAGCCGAAGGUUGA